AUGAGGAAAGAACAACUUUUUGACCAUCUCGGCUGGCUGACCACGCCAAAAGAUUUUGCCACCAUUUGUCAAAAGCCGACUCCCGGUAUCAUCCAAAGUUACUUGCGUCGAAGCAAAUGCGAGGAAUACCACCAUUUUGGGGCCAUGAGGUGGACCGAUUUGCAUGAUUUUGGUCCCUUGCUACCUCAUAUCCGUAUCCAGUUCCACGACAUUGUCUCGUUGGAACACCUACAACGUCAAUUGAAAGUAUCCGACGAUGAUACCUACGUUCACACCGACGAGCAGCUGUAUGAUUGGCGUCUGUAUGACAAUGUCAAAGAAGCCAAUAAUCUGCUCAAGGAAAAUGCAAACUACAUCGAUUCCUUCGCCGGACGACGGUAUUACAAAGUAUACACCCUGAAGCAGUGGCAGAAACACGACGAAAAACUGCUAUACCUAGGCGGUGUGUUUGGCAGUAAUCGGCUGUCAUUGACCGAUCCAAACCACGUCGCUCUGAAGACGCUCAUUGCAGAUACGUUGAAAUAUCGACGGGACACCCCGUUGGGAGAGACGGUGAGGAAUAUUGUGGAUUACCUUGGUGGCGUAGGCACCUUUAUGUCAGUUCAUUUUCGUACAGGCGAUCGUCCUUUCCGGAUACGAUUGCACGAAAACCUGUUGACCUUUAUCAAGGGUAUGGCGAAUCUAACCGAUGUGGCGCUACCCGAGACGGACGCGGAGCUUCUCAACGUAGAGCUGACCAAUGCCCCGGCGACUGAAAUGCCAUUAUUUGACAUGGAGACCUUGCCAUGGUCUGCGCUGUGCCGUCGUCUUAAGGAACGAGACACACUAGCGUCUUUGCAGUCCCAAGCGAUGAUGUAUAUCGCCACCGACCACAUGCAUCCUCGCGCAGAAGACAGCCAGCUCCGGCCGUGGUUUAAAUAUUUCCCGUGUACCAUUACCUUAGGCGAUCUUCCGGAUCACCUUUUCACACCGUUGGAUAAAGUACGGGAUUUGGUUGAUCCCGAGAAAGGACUGAGACCGUUUUUGAUCCCGCUGGUGGAUGCCAUGGUUGCAGCGCAUGCCAAAGAAAUCUUUACCACGCCUCGCUCCACGUUUUCCCGAUAUAUCGGCGAACUUCACAAUGCUUGGCUCGCCUAA